AGGACAUGUUUCCACUACUAUAAAGAGGUUUUUUUCUUUUUUUUUGUAGGUUUUUUUUGUUGUUCUGAGAAAAAAGUUCAGAGGACCACCGUGUCGUUUUUUUCCCUCCAAAAUAUAUGAUUGAUGGGUAGCUUGCACCGGCACCGGUUAUCCCUAAUAAAAAUGAAAAUUGUAAUAAGCUUUGUUAAAAUGCAUAAAAUGUUGCGUGUGAUUGGGUAACACCUUUAUAAGAUCCCUAAUUGCUGCUUUAGUUGCUGUUUAAGAACCACAACAGACUAAAUCCUCCGUGGUCACUGUAACCUUCUCAAACCCUAAAAUUGUAAAGUUCGCUUCCAUUCAUCAAAUCCACCGCCGCUGGUUCAACACAAAACCCGUCUCUCUUUUUGUUGCUGCGUUUUGAAGCUGAAUCGAGUUUUGAUUUUGGCAGCAGUGCCAAGGAUUUUGGGCACCUGGAAAACUGCAUGGCGGUUACAGUUGUGUUCAAACAUUUUUUCUGUAAUUUCCUGCAGUAUCAUAGGUUUUUAGGGUAAGUGACUGAAAGAGGCUUUGGCAAUAGAUUGGAAUAUAGGUUAGAUUCAAUAGGUACAUUCAAUUAGAAAAAUUAAAGCUUAUUGUAAGAUAUAUAGAGACAAAGAAACGAGGAUUUUCUGGGUGGUUAUGUAACAUAUAUUUAGACAUAUAGAAAGGUGCUUUUGCGGGGUGAUCUUAGAUUAUCACUAUUAGUUUGCAGUGUAUUUGGAGCCUCUGCAUCUUUCUUGUCUAGGAGGUGUUUUUCCAUUUUGGGAUCCGGGAUUGAUGGAUGUAGUAAAUGAUUUUCAUAUGGGAGGUUCAACCAGUACAGAGGAUGUAAAUUUGUCACAGAAGCGGAAAACCCCGAAAAGGAAGAAACAAGAAUUUAAUUCGACAAAGCAGAAUGAGAAGAGCAAACGGAAGAAGACAACACAUAAUCCUAUUGAAGGCAAUAAUAGCGGUUGUGGCACUUCAGAGAAUACUUUUUCACCAAAAGCUUCUGUUCCUGCAUUGGAUAUGCAGUCAGGACAUCCAAUUCAAUGUUUUUCCACUGAUCCAAUAACAAGUCAAUCUUGUGAGGAAGUGGGUUUUCGUCAAGGAGGUCACGAAGAAAAGGAGCAGAAGAUGAUAAAUGCAACUGCAGAAAAAGCUUCCUCACCUGCAUUGGAUAUGCUGUCAGGACAUCCAAUUCAAUGUCUUUCCACUGAUCCAAUAACAAGUCAAUCUUGUGAGGAAAUGGAUUUUUAUCAGGGAGAUCAAGAAGAAAAGGAGCAGAAGAUGAUAAGUACAACUGCAGCAAAAGCUUCCAUACCUGCAUAUGAUAUGCUGUCAGGAAAUCCAAUUCAAUGUUUUUCCACUGAUACAAUAACAAGUCAGUCUUGUGAGGAAGUGGCUUUUUGUCUGGGAGAUCAUGAAGAAAAGGAGCAAAAGAUGAGCAAAACAACUGCAGCUAAAGCUUCCACUCCUGCAUUGGAUAUGCUGUCAGGACAUCCAAUUCAAUGUUUUUCCACUGAUCCAAUAACAGGUCAAUCUUGUGAGGAAGUGGGUUUUUGUCUGGGAGAUCGUGAACAAAAGGAGAAAAAGAUGAUCAAUACAACUGCAGCAAAAGCUUCCUCCCCUGCAUUGGAUUUGCUCUCGGGACGUCCAAUUCAACGCUUUUCCACUGAUCCAAUAACAUGUGAAUCUUGUGAGGAAGUGGGUUUUUGUCAGGGAGAUCAUGAAGAAAAGGAACAGAAGACAAUGGAUACAACUGCAGAAAAGCAGCAUAACGUUUCAGAAGUAAGCUGCAACCACACUUCUGUUGCAGCAAGUCCGGAGCCUUUUUCGAAAGAGUGUGUGCCAGAAGUUGUAAAAUUGAGUACUGAGCAUAGCAUAAAUGAUAACAUUUCCAACCCGGAGGAUAAGAAUAGUUUUGUAAAUGAUACAAGUAUGAUGAAGGAAGAUGUUGAUGACCCAGCACAUUAUGAAUUGUCCGAUAUAAACAUGUGUUAUAAAGCCUGUACAAGGAGACAAAUGGUUGAUGCUGAUUGUAGGAGAAGCAGUGGUGACCAUAGUCCUGAAAGUGCUAACAAGGAACCGACUUUUCAGGAUCAUGACAAGGAUCAUUCACACCAAUUUUCUGAUGGAUCAUUGAGAGUUGGCUUGAUGGAUGGAGAAACAAAACUUUCAUUUGAUCAAGUUACCUCACAUAGUGGAGCUGCAGCUGAGGAAAUAAAGUUGAGCACUGACAUCAUUGAUGAGCAAAGAUUUAUUACUACUUCUGUUGUAGACAUUCCUGUGGAGCAUCUCGAAGCGGAUGGUAGACAACAGGAUGAUACAGAGAUUACAAGAAGCAAUCUGUGUUGUGCAGGUGAGCAAAUAGAGUUGAACACCGACAACAUUGAUGAGGAAAGGUCUAUGCCUGCCUCAUCUGCAGUUGGCAUUCAUGCGGAGCAAGUUGAAACUAAUGGUAGACAGCUAGAUCAUGCGGAGAUUACAAGAAAUGAUAUGUGUUGUGCAGGUGAUGUUUCUGAUUUAAGCUUAGACACAGUGAGAGAUGGUCAUUUAAAGAUUUCACAAUUCUCACUAGACAGAAGUGGUUUGGGGAACCCAAAGAAGAAGCUUCUCAUCCUUGAUGUGAAUGGACUGCUUGCUGAUUUUGUCAGUAUCCAUGACACUAGAACAAGGUAUAGGCGAGAACGAGAGCCAGAUUUUAUACUGAAAGGGAGAAAAGUCUACAAGAGGCCCUUUUUCGAGAAUUUUCUACAGUUUUGCUUGGACAGAUUUCAUGUAGGAGUAUGGUCUUCUAGAGCCAAGUGCAAUGUUGAUGAAGCAAUCAAAUUUCUUAUGGGGAAAUCUGCAUCCAAACUUCUCUUUUGUUGGAAUCAGUCCCACUGUACUACAACUGAAUUCACUACUGUUGAGGAUUUACACAAGCCCCUUGUGUUGAAGGAACUUAGAAAAUUGUGGGAAAAGGAAGAAGCCGAUCUACCAUGGGAGAAGGGAGAGUUUAACGAGUCCAACACAUUAUUAUUGGAUGACUCCCCUUACAAGGCACUAAUGAAUCCUAUGCAUUCAGCUAUAUUUCCUUAUUCUUACCGAUACUUCUACACCAGAGACUCAGAAUUAGGACCAGAAGGUGAUCUUCGGAUUUAUCUAGAAGGGUUGGCUUUAGCUGAGAAUGUAAGAAAGUACGUGUCAGAAAAUCCUUUUGGGCAACGGCCGAUAAGAGAAGCAAAUCCAUCAUGGGGUUACUACCGUAGAGUUAUAGAAUCAGUUCAAAAGAAGCGAUCAGGCACUGCAUUUGUUUAAUCACUCUGAUGAAUGAAAUGACGUUCAGUUUUGAUUUAAAAUAGAUCAGUUUUGUUUACUUA